AAGGACGACAGCAAGAGCACCAACUCCGGUCACAGGGACCCGGCAGCGUAGCAGGAGGAGCGGGCCCCGGCCAUUGUCUGCCAAGAUAUGAGACAUGAUUGUUGGACGCAGAAGAUUAAAGUUGCUGGGAAUUCUAAUGAUGGUAAACUUCUUUAUAUAUGUCAUUGUGGAAGUCUCAAAAAAUAGUGGCCAAGAGAAAAAUUCAAAAAGACAAGUUGUACUCCCAAGCAGCAGAUUUUGGAGAAAGUAUACUCCUCACAAGGCAUAUUGGAAUAAACAGCAGCAGAAGUUGGAACGCUUAUACAAUCCUAUUUUUGCAUUACUUUUCAAUAUGACUGUGGAAGAAAGGUUAUCUUCUAAUAAUAGCUUUUUGAACUCCUGUGAUCCUGAUCCAUUUGUAUCUUCAGAACUUAAAGACUUUGAAAAGUUACCAGAUAGGUUUAAAGACUUUUUUCAUUAUUUAAGAUGUAGAAAUUAUUCAUUAUUAGUGGAUCAGCCACACAAGUGCAAACAUAAACCUUUUUUGCUUCUGGCUAUUAAAUCACUCAUACCACAUUUUGAUAGAAGGCAGGCAAUCCGGGAAUCUUGGGGAAGAGAAAUUAAAUUGGGAGACAUAACUAUUGUGAGGGUUUUCCUGUUAGGUCAAACUCCUCCUGAAGAUAACUAUCCCAACCUCUCAGAGAUGUUGAAAUUUGAGAGUGAAACCCACCAAGACAUACUUCUGUGGAACUUCAGAGAUACCUUCUUCAAUUUGACUCUGAAAGAGGUACUAUUUCUAAAAUGGGUCAGUAAUACCUGCCCAGAUGCCCAGUUUAUUUUCAAGGGAGAUGAUGAUGUUUUUGUGAAUACCCAUCAGAUCCUGGAUUACUUGAAGAGUUUAACUAAAGAAAAAGCCAAAGACUUGUUCAUAGGUGAUGUCAUUCAUGAUGCUGGACCUCACCGUGAUAAGAAUCUGAAAUACUAUAUCCCAGAAAGUAUUUAUGAAGGCUCUUAUCCUCCAUAUGCAGGAGGUGGUGGAUUUCUUUAUUCUGGUGAUCUGGCAUUAAGAUUAACUAACAUAUCUGACCAAGUCCUUCUUUAUCCUAUUGAUGAUGUGUAUAUUGGAAUGUGCCUUCAGAAACUUGGGCUUGCUCCAGAAAAGCACAAAGGCUUCAAAACAUUUGACAUUGAAGAGAAACAGAGGGACAAUAUUUGCUCCUAUACAAACCUAAUGUUAGUCCACAGCCGGAAACCUCAAGAAAUGAUUAAAAUCUGGACGAACCUGCAAGAUCCACAGUUAAGUUGUUAAAUAUGUAUGUGUCCAAAAAUUCUUCCCAAAUUUCAGUUUAAAUGUUUUGGCUAUAUGGUAAGUAUAAUGUCUUCAUUUGGUGGCUUGUUUUGUAAACCAAAAUUAGCUAUUAACAGAUUGUCUAGUACUUCUAAAAGUGAGACUACAACCAUAAGAGCGCACAUCAGAAGAUAUGGCAUGAAAAUAUCCUUAUUAUACUACUGGCCUAAAAUAUUGAAAAAUUAAAGCUUUCAGAAGUUGUGAUUAAGACUGAUUAGUCCAGUUAUAUUUAAUAAAUUGUUCUUGUUCUGAUACUGUAAUUUCAUUAUGGUAAUAGAUUCCACCAUCUUUCCUAGGAUGAGAAAUUGUAGAGAUUGUGCUGUUAAUUCAGACUCUUAUUUCCCAAUUUAACUUUCAUAAAUAAGUUAAAUAAUGUCAUAAUUAAAAAGGGGUUUUUUUGCAACUUAGUUCCCCACCUUCAACUCCAAUCUCUUUAUCCCUCCACUAAAUAAUAUUUCAGUUAAAGAUGGUAGAAGCAUCUCUAAUAUGGGACAGUGCAUUUAAAAGAUCAAAUGAUAUGCCUAUGAGAAGUUACACAACUUAGUUUAAAUUGCAAUUUGAGAGGCUAAAUAUUUUUUGUUUCAGACAUAGCUAAUGGACAACUUUUAAUUGUCAUCAAAACUACAACAUUGUAUGAUUUGAUUUAGAUUUGAUUUUGCUUAGUUGCUAUUUUUAAUAUUAAUAGUAGUAGGCCACUUGACUGAUGAAAUUUCAUAUAGAUUUCUAUAGAUUUGGUUUACAAUCUAAUGAAAAUGGUGGUGAUUGAGAUCCCAAUUUUUUUUUAAAUCCCUAACAUUAUUGAGUCUAUUUCAAAAGGAAUAGGUUCUAAAAGUCUCAAAUUCUUAGUUGCCAUAUCUUCAUAUGUGUUAUAUCUGACAACUCAAACAGCGACUGCGGUCUUUGUAUAUGUAGAAGUGCCUGUAUUUAUUGUUUAAAUUGAAGACCAAAAUAUUUUCUUAAAAAUAUUUAAGAAACAUUUGUAAAGUGCUGUCAUUGCUAUUUUAAAUGUGUUGAAAUGCAAAAUGUUAAAUAAAAUUGUUUUUGAAUUUGAAAAAAAAGUGAUUUGUGUGCAUUGCGGUGUUUGUGUAAUAUGCCCAGACAGUUGUAAAUACUUCACUGCUUGACAAUCAUUGACUAACACAGCAGUUGAAGAAUUGAAACCUCCACUUAUUAGAGCUCUGCCAUGGCUUGCUCUGUUACAUGAAGAAAAAAAAAUGACAAAAAUUGACUGAAUAAUUCUCAUGUCUUUGCCAUCUUCACAGGACUGCUGUCGUGGGGAAAAAUGGGAGGACCGAGUAGUGUGUACGCCCCUUGAACCCCUGAAUGAAAAACAGAAUAGAAAUAAAAUGAAUAUAGCUUGCAGAAGCAAACUAUGUUUAAAAGGUAGCAUUGAAUGACACUUUGCACUGGAAAUGUCCUUCUAUUGGUACAACAGUGCUGCCAAAAUUGUUUCUGUUGUUCUAAUUCAGGAGAAAGCAGAGUUCUGCAAAUACUGGCUAUAGCUGUAGUGUUUAAGGUCUUGCAGGCAUAAAAUAAUGACAUCUAUUAUUCUGAUGUUACUGAAUUAAAAUACUAGCAAGUAUAUUCCACAUUUAGGUACAGAUUUAGGGUGAACCAUCAAAGAAAACUAGAACUUCUCCAUGUUGUCCAUCUUUACCAAAGUAUAUAUAGAACAAAGUUCAUUAUUAUUAAUUGCUUCCUAGUAUGUUCUUCGUGUUAAUUAACCAAAAAAUGAGAUAUCCUCAGGUAGCAACCCUAUACUCAUUUAAAGGCUGCUAUCCAUUGAAUAUUUUUGAACAUUGAACAUGAAUAUACAUCUCAGUGAACUUAUUUCUGCAUAAGCAAAAAUAAGAUUGCACUGCAAGUAUAUUUUAAUUCAUGAAAGUAGCUAUAGUAUCUUGCUUUUGUUCUUUGUGUCAGCUGAUCAAACCUAUAGAAUCAACAUAUUUUUGUAACUAAUAAAAUACCCUUGAAUUUGGAAACUCAUGUGAUGCUUUAAAUCUUUUCUAAAAUGUGCUUAUGACUUUUUUAUUAUCAUGUGAUUGCUUAUUCUAUCAUGACAUAAGUAAUGGGUACAGACUAUUGAUUAAGAACACAGAAUUGAAUUGAGCAAUGAAUUGAUUAGACAGUAUUUGGCACAUGAUCUUUCUCUAUGUCACAAAUCUGGGGGGUUCCUAGAAAGGGGGCAUUCUUGGAGUUUUACGUACCGUACUGUGGAAUUGGCUUUUAUGUAAGAGAUUGUAUGUCAAACGCUAUAGAUUUUGUAGAUCUAGUCUGAAUUUUCCAUUGAGACCCAAAGUUACAUUG